AUGAACGGUACACUGCCUUCAGCUCACCAAAGGCAGGGCGCGUACAUAUCUUCAGUGGCCACAAGACAAGAGUUGUUGUCAGCGAAUCCUUCCAAUUUCCGCAUUACUUCUCUCUCACGUUCACCAGCCUUUGACAUAGGCUCGACCGAACCUCAACAAUCCUAUAGUCGACCAAGCUUUGGUCAGGAUCAUAUGGCCAAUAAUGAUGAAGAGCCCUCGACUGUUUACGGUUCACAGCCUGCAGCCUACGGGGUGCCCACGACACUACCCCAAGGAGCCCUAGGAGACUACUAUGGAGUCCCAUGGUCAAAGACAGGUCAUUCUGGCCUUAACGUUACUAGGGGAGGGCUUUUGCCGGAUCAUGAAGCGGAGGGCACGUUUCACCACCCUGAUUACGCUUAUAUGAUGUCGGCGCCGGGAACCCAAGUUACCGAUACGACCUUUGUGCCCUCGAUGGUUGCUCUAUCAUCCGAAGGACAAGGGGCAGACCGGACACUUCCCACCCCCAGUGGGCGAAACCAGCUUCAAUUGGGUCUUUCAGUACUUCCAACAUCGUCCGAUGCCAUCUCCGGGCUUCCUCAACAGGACUGCAGGGUUGGACACCCCUGGACACCUAAAGCUAUCAUUACUGCCAACAACGCCCGGUCGAUGAAGCAGUAUACCCCCGAACCUUUCAACACCGGCUCUCGAAACCGUGCAAAACCACCUCCGUCGAACGCGCAGGAGAUGGUGCUUGGGUAUUUACCAAUGACGUCGGCUAGUGCUUCGUCACCGUUGAUGCCCUCCUGUGGCACGUUCACUCGAUUUAACCCGGCGAAUCCUGGCGAAGAGCUGCAGAGAAACGAGGAAGCCCCGAUGCGAAGGCCGAUAUUUACUGAGAGUGCUCGCUUUUCUCUUAUGGAGGAUAGCUCCAACAUUUACGGUUACUGCAGCUCUGAGAGGAGAAAAGGACCCAAACCAGGCACUUCCGGGAUGCUGAUGAACGGACUUCCUUACACGCGGCCUCCCGAGCAGCUCCAAAGCACCCCCUCCUCUUUAGCUUUCAGCUUGCCGGUAGCGGAGGGCCUUUCAGGUCCCGGGGCAACCACAGAAGCACAUCGGACGCAAGCUUUGAGUAACCCGGGGGGCUUCUAUUCCGAGGCGUGCUAA